AUGCAAGUUCAGAUAAUAAUAAUGCUACUACCCAUGUUUUAUCAAAUAGUGAAAUCCCCUCAAAUGAUGAUGGACAUGAAGUACGGGAGAGUCAAUAAAGAGGUUGAUAUUGAUGUUAAUGCACAAAGUGUAAAUGCUCUAAAAAGUAAUAAGGAGGAUGAAGAACAAAGGUCAGAUAAUGCACCUGCUUGUGCAAAACAUUUUACAGGAAAGAAAUGGAGAAGGAUUCCAAGAAAUGAAGGCACAUCAAAGGGGAAAGAAAAGAUUGCAGGGACAAAAAGAGGAGUUCGAGAAAGUCUUUCAGGUGAGAGUGAUGACAUGGAGGUGGAAAUGGAGUUGAUGGCGAAGAGAAGAGAAGUUGAAGAUACUAUGGUGAAAGAGAAUUUCGAUGCUACUGUCUCAACCGUGGCGGGCCCCACGCAUUGGGCUCUUAAUGACCAAUGA